AUGGACCAGCAGCUCCAUGGGCAGCUUGUUCUCCUCUGCCGCUUGUACUGGGCCAGGCGGAGCCCCCCGCAGUCCUGGCCCCCCACAGCCUUCCCCAGGAGAACCUUCAGAACUCCACUGCCUCAGAGGUUAUUGGGCUCCAAACCCCUAUGGAUGAAGGUGCUAUCAGCUACGGCCUUGGGCAUGCCUCUGCUGCUGGGCAUCCGCUAUGCCCUGGCUGAACCACAAGACAAGAGGCGACUGCGACUGGUCCUGGAGGGUAUCGGACGCUUCGGCAGGUCUUUGAGCGUCGGCCUGCAGAUCUCCAUGGACUACUGGUGGAGCACACAUGUGACCCUGCGAGGGCUGCCUGAGAACAGCCCCGAAUACUUGGAUGCCAUGUCUGCCUGUCACCAGCGUGCAGCUGAUGCCCUGGUGGCUGGUGCCAUCCGCAAUGGGGGCCUCUAUGUGAAGCUGGGCCAGGGACUGUGUUCCUUCAACCACCUGCUGCCUCCUGAAUACAUCAACACUUUGCGGGUGCUAGAGGACAAGGCGCUCACACGGGGCUUCCAAGAGGUAGAUGAGCUCUUCUUGGAGGACUUCCAGGCCCGGCCCCAGGAGCUCUUCCAGGAGUUUGACUAUCAGCCCAUCGCUGCUGCCAGCCUGGCCCAGGUGCACCGUGCCCGGCGCCACGAUGGCUCUAAGGUGGCCGUGAAGGUACAGUACAUUGACCUGCGGGACCGAUUCCAUGCCGACAUCCACACGCUGGAGCUGCUGCUGUGGCUGGUGGAGAUCAUGCACCCCAGUUUCGGCUUCAGCUGGGUGCUCCAGGACCUCAAGGGCACGCUGGCCCAGGAGCUGGACUUCGAGAAUGAGGGACAUAACGGGGAACGCUGUGCUCGGGAGCUGCAGCAAUUCCCCUAUGUGGCUGUGCCCCGUGUGCACUGGGACCUGACCAGCAAGCGUGUGCUGACCGCCGAGUUCUGCGAGGGCUGCAAGGUGACAGACGUGGACGGCAUCCGAGGCCUGGGGCUGGACGUGCAAGAUAUAGCCAAGAAGCUGAUUCAGGCCUUUUCGGAGCAGAUAUUUUACACCGGCUUCAUCCACUCAGACCCCCACCCGGGCAACGUGCUGGUGCGGAAAGGCCCUGAUGGGAAGGCUCAGCUGAUACUGCUGGACCACGGGCUCUACCAGUUCCUGGAGGAGAAGGACCGGGUAGCCCUAUGCCAGCUGUGGCGGGCCAUCAUCCUGAGGGACGACGCCAAGAUGAAGGCACAUGCAGCUAUGCUCGGGGUGCAAGACUAUGUCCUGUUCUCCGAGAUGCUGAUGCAGAGGCCCGUGCGCCUGGGCCAGCUGUGGCGCUCACACCUGCUGAGCCAGCAGGAGACAGCCUGCUUGCAGGACACGGCCCGCGAGCACUUCGAGGACAUCGUGCAGGUGCUCAAGGACCUGCCACGCUCCAUGCUGCUCGUGCUGCGCAACAUCAACACUGUGCGCGCCAUCAAUGUGGCCCUGGGCAACCCAAUUGACCGCUACUUCCUCAUGGCCAAGAGUGCUGUCCGGGCCUGGACCCGGCUGUUGGGGAACACCCACAGAAGUAUCUACAGCACCAGCCUCCUCUGCCACAUCGGGGUCAUCUGGCAGGUGUUCAAAUUUGAAGUUUCCCUGAGGCUGCAGAUGCUGUCCAUGUGGCUCACUGUCCAUGUGGUUCGCUUCCUGUCACUGCUGGGCUUCCUCUCUGAGGCCUCGGCGCUGUCUGAGUACCUCGAGUCCUAGGAUCGGACGCAGGAUACGGCACAGCAUAACACGCUUGCGCACGCAGGCCUGGCACCAGGUGGGAGGGCCAGGGCAGGAGAUGGGGCUGCCCCAGGACCCAGGGCUUUGGAGCUUGUGCCAGUGUGAGGGCACGGUGUAGGCAUAUGGCCAGUCUGCAAUGACCACACACUUUUUCCAAACCAA